AUGGAGCAGAGCUGGAGUACGUUUCUUUUCCAACAGGCCAAUGACGCUCUCCACCAUCAGCACCAGGUGGCCCAGAACAACCUGCUGCCUCUUCUCAAUGCAGGAUCUGAACCAGUUGACCAAAAGCCUGUUCUUCCAAUCCAAAUGGAGCAGAAGCCUUCUUCUGGUGUAGCCGACAAUGUGAUGGGUGGCUUAGGAGCACGGCCCCUAGUCCCUGUCAUAAAGAAGGAACACAAAGGAAAGACACCGUUUGUGUGCAACAUCUGCCACAAGGCCUUCCGGGAUAGCUACCACCUGCGGCGCCACGAGUCCAGUCACACAGGCAUCAAGAUGGUGUCACGGCCAAAGAAACUCCCAGACACGGCCCCCACGAUGGUUCCCAUGAUCUCCAGCAUGUCACGCGAGAACAACGGCACCCUGGCGUACAUCUCCACAGCGGCAGGUAUCCUUUCCCCCGCAACCUCCUCGGUCUCCUCCGGCAGUAGCAUCAUGACUCCCUCCUCCAUGGGAAACAUGCAGCAACAACAAAACGUAGUGAAGAAACCACCAAAGCCCGUGAAGAAGAACCACGGCUGUGAGAUGUGCGGCAAAGCCUUCCGAGAUGUCUAUCACCUGAACCGUCACAAGUUGUCUCAUUCGGACGAGAAGCCAUUCGAGUGCCCCAUUUGCCAACAGCGCUUCAAGAGAAAGGACCGUAUGACCUACCACGUCCGCUCUCAUGACGGCGGCGUGCACAAGCCCUACAUCUGCUCAGUGUGUGGCAAAGGCUUCUCUCGACCGGAUCACUUAAGCUGCCAUGUGAAACAUGUGCAUUCUUCAGAAAGGCCCUUCAAAUGUCAAGUAACUGCCUGUACCUCUGCUUUUGCCACCAAAGACCGACUCCGCUCACACAUGAUCCGACAUGAGGGCAAAGUCACCUGCACCAUCUGUGGAAAGAUGUUGAGUGCUGCUUAUAUUACCAGUCAUUUGAAGACUCACGGACAGGCCAACUUUAAUUCCUGUAAUAAAGAAGUCACUGAAGUCUGCAACUCUGCCUCAUCCACUCCAGUUACCAGCGCCCCAAUCAGCACAGUUAUGAACAGGGGAAACUCCAACAUCAACCACCCAAUCACCAUCGCGGCCCAAAUGAACAUUAGCACAAACACGGUGAACAUCACCUCUCCCAUGAGCCUUCAGCACCCACUCACCAUCACCGGACCCGUCAACAUCACCUCUGUCAACAUUCCCACCUCCUCCCCCAUGAACAUUGCACACCCUGUCGCCAUAACAACCCAUGCAAUGCCAAUGAACAUCACUGGUCCGCUCAACAUCGCCAUGAGGCCAAUGGAUAGCAUGUCAUUUCUGUCUCAAGUCUUGCCUUCCUCGACACACUGGUAA